AAUCUCAAAGACUUCCAGGUUAAGUGGAUUAGACAGAAAAUUGCGCUAGUAAGUCAAGAACCUACAUUGUUUUCGACUAGCAUCAGGGAAAAUGUUGCAUAUGGGAAAGAUGGAGCGACCAAAGAAGAAAUUGAAGCAGCAAUUGAGAUAGCAAAUGCAACUAAAUUUAUUAACAGCUUACCCGAGGGAAUAGAGACAAAUGUAGGCGAACGUGGAACUCAACUCUCUGGUGGACAAAAGCAAAGAAUCGCUAUAGCAAGGGCCAUUCUGAAAGACCCUCGCAUUUUACUUCUAGACGAGGCAACAAGUGCACUAGAUGCUGAGUCAGAGAGUGUUGUACAAGAAGCACUUGACAAAAUUAUGGUUGAUAGAACAACCAUAAUAGUCGCACAUCGCCUCAGUACAGUGAGGAAUGCUGAUAACAUUGCUGUCAUUCACCAAGGCACUAUUGUCGAGGAAGGUAAACACUUUGAGCUGUUGAAAGAUCCUGAGGGAGCAUACUCGCAACUGAUUCGCUUGCAGGAAGUAAAUCAAACGAAAGAGCAACUUUGCCUCGAUGAUUCACAACAUCUUUAUACGGAGUCAAGACCAGAAUCCAGUAACAAUUAUGAUACUACAUCAAUUAAAGGAACUCCUAAGACUAGAUUGCCAAGAAGUUCAGAUACUAGGUUAAAAGUAUCUAAGAAGCUCGAAAAAACUCAUGUUACUCGCCUUGCAAAUUUGAAUAAGCCCGAGUUUCCUAUUCUUCUUGUGGGAGCAGUAGUUGCAACAGUUUCCGGUUCCGCCCUUCCUGUUUCUGGUUUAGUAUAUUCCAACAUACUUAAAUCAUUUUAUGAGCCACCUAAUGAACUAAAGAAAGAUACACAAUUUUGGUCACUCAUGAUUGUAGUUAUUGCAACAACACUUCUGAUUUCAUCUCCAUUAGAGACAUUUUUUUUUACCGUUUCUGGUUGUAAGUUGGUCCAACGAAUUAGAUCGAUGUGCUUUCAAAAGGCUAUCCACAUGGAAAUCGGUUGGUUUGAUGAGCCAGAGAAUUCCGUUGGAGGGAUAGCUACAAAGCUCUCUGCUGAUGCAGCUAUUGUUCGAGUUCUAGUGGGGGAUACAUUGGCAAAAAUAACUAAAGAUCUUGCAGCUGCCAUUGUUGGGACAGUGAUUGCUUUUCGAGCAAGUUGGUUCUUGUCUCUUAUUAUCAUAGCCAUGCUACCAUUUAUGAUGGCUAACAUGUAUGUUCAGAAUAAGCUUGCUAAAGGAUUUGGUACUGAAGCAAAGAAGUAUGAGAAAGCAAGUCGAGUAGUCAACGAUGCAGUGAGUAACAUAAGAACAGUUGCAUCUUUUUGUGUGGAAGAGAAGGUGGUGGAGCUAUAUAAGAAGGAAAGUAAUGGGCCAAUAAUGGCGGGCACCGGACAAGGGAUGAUUAGUGGGAUCAGUUAUGGUAUUACGUCUUCAUUCAUUCUCCUUGUAUAUGCAGCAAGUGCCUACGCUGGUGCUCGACUUGUACAGGAUGGGAAAAUUUCAAUUACUGAUACUUUCCGCGAAGGCAUCUCUAACCUAAAUUGCUUGGACUCUUCAUUUUCGGUGCCACAUCCGUAUCGACACAAUGAUCUGGUUGACCGAUUUUGGGUACCUGACCAAAACUCGAUGGAGAAAGCUAAUGUGAAAUUGAAGAAGCUGGAAUACUUUUGA